UCUACGGGAACGGAUAUCGGAGAGGAGGGGUCGUUCUUGUCCUCGUUGUCGUUAUUGUUGUUCAUCUCGCUUCUUCUCGAGAGUGCCUGGCGCACUCUCUCUCUCUCUCUCUAUAUAUAUAUAUAUAUAUAUCUCUCCAGCUAAUCGGUGCUCUUAAAACUUUCGAUGUAAAUAGGACACCAGACGAUAGAGUUUGGUGAUUCAAGUGUGUUCAAGCGAGAAUACGCACUGCCAGCCAGGUGUAACAAGGACUUCCUCUAUGUCAGUGUUGUUGAAAAAAAAGCCCAUAAUAGGUUUAAGGAGAGACCAAUUGAGAGAGAAAAAGAGAGACGGAUAAAGGAAAAACUGACCCGUAUUAAAACAUUGCGUAUCUACCUUCUAUUUUCAUAAGGAGGAAGAUUAAAAAUUAAGUUAUAUAUAUAUAUAUCGCUUGACGCUCAUUGGGUCGGGCUUCUUGAGCUUUAAUGUAAAGCCCGUAGCUUGUUAUGCGGCUGGAUUGUGUUGCAACCCAAGUGGCCUAAGAGUAUAAAUGUCCCGCAAGUAAAAUAGAGAGUCCCGAUAUUUAUCACGUUGAAAACUCAGAGUCUAUCAGGCCUGGUACGGACCGAGGAAUAGAACGGGAGGCGACGCAAGGGCGAAGGAAAAUGGCGAGCUCCUCCAGAAGGAGAGUACUGGUAGGCUGCACCGGUAGCGUGGCCACGAUCAAGCUGCCGCAGCUGGUGGAGAUGCUGCGACAGAGCAAUCUGGAGGUGAGGGUGGUCGUGACGGAGAGGGCCAAGCAUUUCCUCAAGGACGCUCAGCUGCCGCCCGAGAUCCAGGUCCUGUCCGACACGGUGGAGUGGGCCGCCUGGCAGGAUCGUGGCGAUCCGGUGCUGCACAUAGACCUGGUGAAAUGGGCGGACGUGUUCGUGAUAGCGCCGCUGGAUGCCAACACCCUGGGCAAGAUCGCCAGCGGCAUAUGCGACAAUAUCGUUACCUGCGUGGCACGCGCAUGGGACCCUGCGAAACCGCUGCUCUUCUGCCCGGCUAUGAACACCAGGAUGUGGGAGCAUCCGGUUACAAUGCCUCAAAUAUCACUGCUCAAAUCCUGGGGCUACAAGGAGGUGCAUUGCAUAUCCAAGACGUUGAUGUGCGGCGACGCGGGAAUAGGCGCGAUGGCCGAGGUGGACACGAUCGUGCGAGCCACCCUGCGAGCCUUGAGCCCCUGGAUGGACCAGUCGGAUUUGUGUCCCUAGCAGCGGCUGAGAUCGGCCUCCUCGUGCGAGCCUCGUCGACGACCCCGCGAGUAUCGAUGAAGCUCUGUCACGUCGAGAGCGCGAUAUAAGGAUCUCCAAAGACGCGCUAUGGUGCGAUUCGAACAUACGCUUAAGAUACACGCCAACGUUGCUGAUCUCUAAUAAAAAUUCGGACGAGCCUAAGACCCGGAUCUUUCGGGCCGUAUACGGAUCAUGUAAUCGAGAAUUUAUAUUUGUUAGUGAAAACGUCUAUAAACUUUUCUCGAGUUACGUUGUUCAUUGUUGAGAAUUUCAUCCUUUCGUUGCUGUUACGAGAUGAGCUGUGUCACCAUUAGAUCAUUGUUAGAUAGAAACCUAUGUAAGUUUACGCGGUUAAAAUAGCGAAAUCUGAGUUUGAACGCAUCAUGGUCGUCAUAUCCUUUGCUCAACCUGGAAUAAAUCAAUCGUACUAUGAGGAACAAACGAGAUAAUCGUGACUUUAUCUGUCCAGUUGAAAUGCGAUGUGUAAAAAUGCUGUAAAGAAAAGAAACAAAAAAAUUCUGUUGACAUAUCCUAAAGUUGAUCCGCUGGAAUGUACAAUGCUUUUGUUAAAUAUAUGAACAAUAAAAUAAAUAGAUAUAUGAAUA